AACAAUCGUCAACAAUGGUGGAACGGAUACCGUGACAUUUUGAGGCAGUAUUCGUUUUCUGAUACGAAAAAUAUCAAUAAUGAUCAAUAAUUCACUUGAAAUAACCUUUGCGAUUAUAUUGCAAUAAUAUUUCGCUUAUUCUUGACAUAAAGCAUUAAGAAUGUGUGAUGUUUGUUCGGAGUUUUCGCAGCUUUUAGUAAAUUGUGAAUCCAGGCUUACCGACGAUGUGUCCCAGUAUCCAACAAUAAGCCAAUCUGAGCUAGAGACAGUGCUGAAUUAUAUUCUUUCAUGGCCACAAAGGCAAUGUAUGUGUUGCUAUCGCGAUGUGAAGAAUUUUGAAAGAUUCUAUCUAGUUGUACAGAGUAUACUGUGCUUAUCUGUUUGUCAACUGAAGCAGCUUAAAGACGAACUAGUUGAAGCAGCUAAAACCGCUCCAGCACCCGCCCCACCGCAACCUCCUGACAAUGCACAAGAAAAACAAAAAUCUGAAGAAGAAAACACAACAUCUCCUGAGCAAAAAAACAGUGAAGAGAAGGAAUCUCCAGAUGAACCAAAUGAACCCGCCGCUGCAGCAGACACUGCAGAAGAUUCCAAAAAUGCUGAGACACCUUCUACUUCAACUGAAGACCCUGAAUUAUGGUCUAUGCAGCAAAAGGAAAAGCUCAUGCAUAUUGUGUCUAAAGUAUUCCUGCUCAACUUUCCUCUAUACUUAGCAUGCAAGCACUCAGCACUGAGCCGCUUAGAUGACCUGUCUGCUCAAGAAAUCUCUAAUCUUAGUUUAUAUUGUGACCUACAUGAUACUGAGAUACCAGCUUACUUGCUUCGUAAUGUGAGCUUGUUUUGCAAGUUGGGUGGAGUUUGUGCUAUGACAUCUGUCUUUGAAAAUGCCACACAGAGUAGUCUACCGCUGUCAAUGGCACAUGCCAUCGUGGCAGCAGUAGGCAACCUCAAGCUGUGGUUAAACUUCAGAGCGGUGUCACAGCUGUUCAUGCCAUUGAGAAGCAAGAUAUUGAAGUACAUGUGCACAUUAGAAGACAAAGAUCUCAGAGUGCCCGCAGUGAAGUCUAUGGCUGAUUUCAUGUGGGGAGCAGCAAAGGAGCCAUUAGAUGUACCCCUAACAUUUGAUGGUGAUGGACUGGCAUUAGCCUUCAAGUACUUCAACAGUAGUACCCUGACGAUGCGCCUGGCGGGAGUGGCGCAGAUCAACGCGCACAUUGCGUCGCACAACGAGCUCUGCGCCGGGGAGUCGGCGACAGACGCUGAAGUUGCUGGACAGCAACUGGCGACGUGGCUCACGAACAAUAACAUCAUUGAACAUCUAUUUGGACCUAAUUUGCAUGUGGAGGUGAUAAAGCAAUCUCAUAUGAUUCUGAAGUUUCUGGCGGUUGAGGGUCGCGUAACACCUGAGCAUGUGGAGCUGGUGUGGGCGGCGGCGCAGCUGAAGCACUGCGGGCGACAGGUGUACGACCUGCUCCCCGGCUUUAUCAGGGCAUUGGCGCCGAAACCAUGCGCACAUCUCUACAGUCUACUGUGUGCCUUACCACCUAAAGAACACACGGAACAGAGUCUGUAUUUAGCUUCGGCCUUGAUGCGGGCGAUGUGGUCGAGGGGUGCGUCGGGCACGUUAGGCGGGUCGUCCCCAACGACAUUGGUCGACGAGCCACCGCUGCGUCCGCCGCAACCGUCCUGCAAGCCACAUCACAACUCCUCGUCCGAAGCCAGCGUCAGCAUGGACCAGACCAACUCUGAUGAUGAUCCUUGCGAGGAGCUGAGCACGUCGGGCGAAGAGGCGGGACCCACACCGCGCAAACAAAGUAAACAUCAGCGUGACCUGACUGCUGAACAAGAGUGGCUCAGAGAGGGAGAGGAGCUUACCAAGAAGGAGUGUCCUACACUCAAAUCUUGCCAGAAACGUAGCAAGCGCGCGGGAAGCAGCGGAAGUGCGAGUAGUGGUGCCGAGGAAUUACUGCGGCCUCGCAAGAAGAAGUUCUACAAGAAAAGACAUAAGCCAGGCAAACCCAAGCAUUUCCCAGCAACUCAAUUGAAGACCGCUGAUUUGGCCGAAUCUGUGUCUGAAGUCGAGGAGGAAUCGUCAGGCAGUGAUACAGCGCACUGUCAGUUGAUCUGUGACAAUGUUGAUGCUAGACGAUUGAUGGAGCUGCGACUAAUGGAGAGCUACAAGCGUCGCGGCGCCGGGGAGGAGGAGGAGGGCAGCGCGUCCUCCGCCCUCUCCCCGCACUCACACCCGCACCUCGCGGACCUGGAUGAGGACGACUCCGCAUGUGAGGAGGAACUCGCUAGACUGGCAGCACAGGCGCAGUGCCUGACGGAGUACGGCGGCGCCCCGGGCGGGGCGAAGCGCGCGCGCGGCUCCCCGCCGGCGCCGGCCUGCGACGUGGACGACGUCUGCCGCCCCGGGAACACGCUGCUCUGGGACCUGCUGCAGGACGGCGCCAUUGAACAAUUAGGUGAAGGCUUGGCGCUUGAAGCAGAGAAGGCACUAUGCGCGCUCCUGUGUUUCAGUACUGACAAGUUCAUCAGGAUCAAAUUCAUUGAAGGAUGCUUGGACAAUCUUGCGAAUCAUAGAUCUGUGGCUGUGUCUCUUAGGUUGCUACCAAAGCUGUUCUCGUCAUUCCAACAGUUACGAGGCAUGGAUAUGCAUCAGGUGGUAAUGUGGGCGGAGCGCGAGCGUGGCAUGAUGCGCCUGUUCCUGGAGGACCUGCGGCACUACAGUAGCAACGCUCACGGCGGGGCGCAGGCCGGGGCGCAGCCCGGGGCGCAGCCCGGGGCGCCGCCAGCGCAGCACUACGCGCAUAUCACCGAGCUCACCGUGCGCCUGCACUUCCUCACUGCCAUCUUCUCACCCGUCGGAUCGCCGCAGCAUUUUAGGUUAACAGUUGAACAAGUGGAAGAAUUGUGGCAGUGUUUGGUAGUACGGGGCAGUAGUGAGUGCGCAGACUGUCUGUACUCGUGGCUCCUGUCACAUACAAAGUCGCCCGACCAACACGCGUUGGGAUUGGACGCGUUAAGAUUCCUAUAUGUAGAGAAAAUGCCCACCUUGGAUCCCGAGACAAUCAGCAUAAUGGGGCUGAGCUUGUACCAGCAGUUGUGCAACCUAGCGCGCAUGGCUCUGGGCACGGGGGACUCUCGCGACGCUGCCCAUCCGCAUACACUGGCCAUGGACCAUCUGUGGAAGAUUGCACUAAGGGCCAACAGCACUGACGUAUCAAUGGGUGCCAUACAAUACCUGAACAGUUACUACAUGGGCCAGCAACUACAGCAAGAGGAUGACUUUGUAGCUAAAUGUAUGUUCCACUUAUCCUCUGCCGCUGAGCGACUGAUCAGUAAGAAACAGACGGCGGACGGAGAGGGAACAUCGACCUCACAGAUAUGCGAACAAGAUGUUAAAGAGGAGAAGACAGUUGACAAACAGAACAUCUAUGAACAUAUGACUGAGGAAGCUGCGCUACAAUGCAUACAGAGGGCGUUGUUGCUGUUGAAGACCCACCUUGAUACGUUUAAAAGGAGGUACGCGUACCACCUGCGGCGCUGGACGCUGGCGGAGACGGGCGCGUGGGAGGGCCCGUGCGCGGCGGGGGCGGGGGGCAGCACGGUGCGCAUCACGCUGCAGCCGGCCGGCGCCGGGCCCCGCGCCGCGCUACUGCUGCACCAUGCAGACCUCGUCGCGCAUCUGCGGGCGCAUGUCCACGUCUGGUGGGAGAAACAGAUUCAAGGCGAGGAAGGUGUGACUGCGCUAUCGACGGACGGGCCUCUGCGCAUGAUCACGCAGGGGCAAGAACUCACUAUUGACUACGAUGAAAGGACGCUUUACGAUAUGGGGUUUAAGGACAAUCAGUUGGUGUUCGUGUCGGUGGGUGUAGGAGGCAGGGGUGCAUGGGCGGAGUGGCCCUCCGCCCAGCCCGCCCCAGCACGGGCCCGCUUGCCCACCUCGUUACUCCUGGACCCAACCUACUUCCACCACCUCUUCACGCUCAUGCAGGCGCUCGGGCAGAUGAAGGAGCCCGGAGCUAAUGGGGAAAUGGUAAUGCACACAAAAGCCCAACUACUAUCCCGUCGCGUAUGGGACAUCCUUCAAGCCGUGCCAAACAAUCCGACGUUACUGGAAGCCUUUCAAAACCCAUCGGAGAGCAAGCUACCAGAAUUACUUGACCCCACCAGCCCACAGAAACUCAUGUAUUCCCUCCACAUUAUUGAUAAGCUGAGCUCAAAUAACAGUGGUGCGACAAAUGUGAAAGAGAAUACAGUGAGUACACUGAGUCCGCUGGUGACAAAUGAUAAGAAUGAAGAAGAGAAGGCUGCUGUAGAGAAUUGGAAUGAAUUAUUUAUUAAGAAAGGAGGUUUAAGACUGCUAUAUGAUAUUAUGAUGUCGGGAGUGCUACAAAGGAAUGACGACACGGAGUGGCGCCAGGACUGCCUGGCCUUGUUAUUGCAGCUACUGUGUAGGAUCGGGACGUUGCCCUCCAAUGAUCCGGCGCAGACUCCAAAAUUGCACCCGUCAUUACUAUCGCUCAUGAGCGUUGAAGAGACGACGGAGCGUCUGAUAUCGAUACUGUGCGAGGCGGCUACAGUCAAGGAACCCACCACAUAUAAGACUGGAUUCUGGGGGAGGGCACAGGUGGUACAACAUGCGAUGCGCAUGUGCGUAUGGUGGGCGCGGGGCGGCGGGGACGCGGUAGCUCUGGCCUGGUCGCUGCGUCGCGCCGCGCCGCGACUAUUACUUGACGACGCGGACCCUGCCGUCCGUCGCGAGGCGGGGUCUGCGCUGUACCGUCUGUGCGCGGGGGGCGAGGUGGCGGUGCUGGCCCCGCUGCUGCAGCUGCUCCUGCAGCACCUGCCGCGCGCCGCCGACAUGCGGCCCCAUCAUGCACACCAUCACCACCAUCAUCACGACGUUGUACAUCACCACGCCGAAGAAGGCAAAGAGCCGUAUGGGCCAGCUUGUCGAGAUUAUUUUUGGCUCGUUUGUAGACUCAUUGACGGCUUGCCUGAAGACUUUUUUAAAGAGGGCGCAACAUCAGAAGACAGUGGCGCCCCCGAUCUGAACGAGCUCUGUGAACAAAUACGCGCGUCUCUAGAAAAACGUGAGAUCAUAGAACGAAGGACUGAGCCUUGUUCCCCAGACGAUGGACUGUGUGGCCAACUUAGCUUACUCACGCAUUUGCUCAAACACCCAUUAAGGUUCAAAAUGUCCGAACAAGGAACUAGGACGUUGGAAAUGGUAUUCGGUUUCCUCUUCGAUGUUCCUAACCCGGAAAACCGCAACUUGCCCAAGUGUAAGUCGCAGAAAUCUCGUUCUGCCGCCUACGACCUCUUGGUGGAGCUAGUGAGGGGUGCACCCGACAACUACAUGGUACUACACAAUAAGCUCAUGGAACAUCAUAAACCUGGCUACUGUCUGGACGCAGGUCCUCAAUCCUCCUACCCUUGGGACUACUGGCCUGCCGAAGAGUCUCGGUCUGAAUGUGGCUACGUCGGCCUUACGAACCUUGGAGCGACGUGUUACAUGGCCUCGUGUAUGCAGCAUUUGUACAUGAUGCCUCAAGCCCGCGCCGCCUUACUGCAAGCGGAUCCCGCGGCCAGUCGACAUUCUGCUACGCUGCAUGAGAUGCAGAGGAUGUUCGCUUAUUUAAUGGAAAGUGAACGCAAAGCGUACAACCCUCGCAGUUUCUGCAAGGUAUACCAGAUGGACCAUCAGCCCCUGAAUACUGGCGAACAGAAGGACAUGGCAGAGUUCUUCAUAGACCUGGUCUCCAAACUCGAGGAGAUGACGCCGGAGCUCAAGAAACUAGUCAAGACUUUGUUCUGUGGAGUGCUCAGUAAUAAUGUUGUCUCACUGGACUGUCCGCACGUGUCCCGUACGCUGGAGGAGUUCUACACGGUGCGCUGCCAGGUGGCGGACAUGCGCAACCUGCACCAGUCGCUGGACGAGGUCACCGUCAAGGACACGCUCGAGGGGGACAACUGCUACACCUGCUCGCAUUGCUCCGCUAAAGUCCGCGCUGAGAAACGGGCGUGUUUCAAGAAGCUCCCUCGUAUCCUGUGUUUCAACACGAUGCGCUACACGUUCAACAUGCUGACUAUGUUGAAGGAGAAAGUCAAUACGCACUUCUCAUUCCCCAUGCGACUCGACAUGUCCGGAUAUGUCGAGAAACAUCUCAUGCCGGCACAGUAUCAAGAGGAAAAAAAUAAGUUAGCAGAAAAGAAAGAAGGUGACGCUAGUCCUACGGCCGCAGAUAUAGAAGAUAAUUCUGAAUUUGAAGAGCAUUAUGAAUACGAGUUAAUAGGCGUGACAGUGCACACGGGCACUGCGGACGGGGGCCACUACUACUCGUUCAUACGCGAUCGGGAGCACGAACACCACGACCGCUGGCUGCUGUUCAAUGACGCUGAGGUCAAACCUUUCGACCCCGCGCAUAUUGCUGCUGAAUGCUUCGGCGGAGAGAUGACUAGUAAGACAUACGACUCGGUCACUGACAAGUUCAUGGACUUUUCGUUCGAGAAGACCAACAGUGCGUACAUGUUGUUCUACGAGUGGAGCCCCCCGCGCAGUCACCGGGGCUCCGACUGCGGACAGCAGGAAGAGGCACAGUCGUCAACAGCAGAGGAAACUAGUCCGAGCUCGUCCGUGGAGCGAAGAAGUAGCGAUUCGUCCCCCACUAUCAAGCUACCACCGGACCUACUCAAGUGGAUAUGGGAUGAUAACAUGCAAUUCCUACAUGAUAAGAAUAUAUUCCAGCAUGCAUAUUUCACGUUUAUGGGUCAGAUGUGCAGCUCAGUCCCCCAAUCCCUGAUGACAUUACGUCCGGAGGUCACUGAGGUGGCAGCCAGACUUUCCACGUCAUUCUUCAUCGAAACUUUCAUUCAUGCCAAGGAAAAGCCAACAAUGGUGUCGUGGGUGGAGUUGGUGACGAAACAGUUCAACGCGUCGGCUGCAGCCUCGGAGUGGUUUCUAGGUCAUAUGGCUGACGAUACGUGGUGGCCGAUGCAAGUACUAAUAAAAUGUCCGAAUCAGAUGGUCCGACAAAUGUUUCAAAGACUUUGUAUGCAUGUUAUACAAAGGCUCAGAUCUAGUCAUUGCGCCUUGUAUUUACAAGGCUCGGAGGAGGGCGAGGACACCAGCAAAUUGGGAGAAGCAAGUUGUGUUACUAGGUUUAUAAGGAUGUUAUUGUCAUUGAUGGAGAAUGGCGCACGGUCUCACUUGCGCCACCUAACGGAGUACUUUAGCCUGCUGUACGAGUUCAGCAAGAUGGGCGAGGAGGAGGGCAAGUUCAUGCUGCGCAUCAACGCCAUCUCCAGCAUGGUCAACUUCUAUCUGGGGCAGAACUCCGCAGCCGUCAGCUGUCAAACGGAGUCUCCGACGGAAGAAGCGGGCGGUAGCGGCAGCGGUAGUACGACGGCGGAGACAGGCGGCGACAAGCUGCGGCCCGGCGCCCUCGACAAGAUGGUGGCGCUCGUCGCCGGCCUGCUCGAGCGGUCCAGGGACGCCGCCGGACAUCUCGCCCUACUGGAGCCCGACGCCAGGGCGCUGCUGCAUGCUAAGGGUUUUCCGUUCCUGUACCAGCAGACGCGCGACUGCCUCAACCUGCAACAGACGCGGUCGCUGAUAUUCGCGCUGUGUCGCUGGAACGAGCCGCUCGCGCAGAAAAUUGUCAACAUGAUCUUCCAGGCUAUCGCUAAACAUUCUGAGAGCUGCGGAGCAUUUUUUAAGUUACUAACGCUGCUGGUGGAGGGCAGCGGGGGCGGCGCGGGCGCGACGGGCGGGCUGCCCUGCUUCACGCAGCUCGUGCUGGCGCGCCUCUGGGACGUCGCCGACGUCUGUCCGCACGCCGCGCUCGAGUGGCUCGCGCUGCAGGUGCCGCGCAACAAGGCGGCGCACGCGUGGGCGCUGCGCACGGCGGAGCGCUGGCUGGAGGCGCAGCUGCUGGGCGCCGGCACCGCGCGCGUCCGCGCCGCCGCCGCGCUGCUGCUCGUGGCGCUCGUGCCCAGCCAGCACUUCCGCGCCGGCUACGCGCGCGCCCGCCCCGCCCACCUCGCCGCGCACCACGCCAAGCUGCCCGACACCGCGCACCACACGCUGCACCAGGUGUACACGAUGCUCCUGGGCAAGCUGAAGGCGGCCCGCAAGUACACGGACAUAGCAGUGCAUGGCACCAUGAAGCUCACCGCCUACUUCGGGGUCAUGUCCUACUGUGUCGUCAGCAGGGUCGAGAAACUAAUGUUCGGUCAAUACUUUAACGACUUAUGGGAGCUCUACCACCCAGCGAUAUCAGAGCCUUCAGUAGCAGUUCAUCCCAACAAACAGGCUCUGCUUACAUUCUGGCAUGCUGUAUCAGUAGAUUGCCCCGAGAACGUACAACUAGCCGUCGCGAACCAACGACUCACGAAGCACAUCGCCUUCAACUAUAUACUCGCGGACCACGAGGACGGCGAGGUAGUGGCGUAUAACCGCGCCAUGUUGCCGCCUUACUACGCCCUGCUGCGUCUGUGUUGCCGACGCUCGGGGGCCUUCGCCCGCGCCCUGGCGCAGCACCAGAACAUUCACUGGGCCUUCCGGAACAUCGCGCCACACGCUCAUCUAUAUCCCGGCGCCGCCGAUGAACUGUUAAGACUAGCGCGUGUUCUGGCUGCGCGGGGUGGGGGCGCGGGCAGCAGUGGGGGCUCGGAGGGGGAGGGGAGGGAGGCAGCCGCCUUCCGCCGCAGUACUCUCGCCGCGUAUCUACAGGAUGGUGUGUAUAGACAGUUGUGGGUUGCAGGGUUGAACGGCAGGACAUGUUGGUCCACGCUGAUAUCUGCCUUCUGCACGCUCGUUGAGAACGAGGAUGAUAGGCUUUAUGUUGUCUAUAAUGGAGGACUACAGAUGACGUUCGAAGCGCUGCACAGCCUGCACGCGGUGUACGUGGAGGGCGCGGGCGGGGGCGCGGGCGGGGGCGGGGCGGCGGGCGGCGGCGGCGCGGGCGGCUGCGUGCGCGCCGAGCUGACGGCGGCGCUGCGCUGGGCGCGCGCGCUCUGUCGCACGCUGCGCACGCGCCGCGACCACAAGGAGGCGCGCGCGCUACUCCUCGCCUGCAAGGACUGGCCCGAGUGCGCCCGACGACUCCUCACCAUGCUCAACCUGCACCACCGGCACAACCAUCUCAGGGACGCCGCGCUAGGUGUUCUACGUGAGAUAGUAAUGAUAGGUGGGGGGGCGGCACUGGGCGCGCUGGUCCCGCUGGCGGCAGGCGCGGCGGGCGCAGCGUGUGGGUCUCGGGCGCGCCACGCGCACGUGUGCGGGCCACGCUCCCAGCACGCCGCGCACGCCGCGCUGCCCCAGCACGCGCCGUUACCCCACGACAAGCACAACGCGCACAGACUCGCCACCUCAUACCGCCCCUACCACAAGUUCAUAGACACGUGCUGCCGCGUGGCCCGCAGCCAGCGCUGUAUGUCGGAGCAGCUGGUGCUGGUGUCGGCGCUGUGCGCGCUGGAGGCGGUGCCAUUGCGCUUCAACUACUUCGCCGCCUUCUGGACCGACGUCGCCAACUCUCCGGCGGACUCGAAGUUGGAGGAGAUGUUGGUGGAGUGCAGCGUGGCUGCGGAGUACGUGGACGCCGUGCUGCUGGACGAGAGGGACUCCCUCGAGGAUCCCGUCAUAUACCAGUUCAUGCAGCACUACUACCCAAAGCUGGGCGGGGGCGCGUCGAGCAGUUCCAGUAGUAGUUCUAGCGGCGGCGGCGCGGCGGAGGCGUUGUUGGAGGAACUGGUGGCGGGCGGGACCCGCGGCCCGCUGCGGCCCCUGCUGGCCGCCGCGCGGGCCCUCACCUUGCUGCACGCGCGCGCCCCGCCCGACCCUGCGCGCGCCCGCGACUUGCUGAGGGCCACGCGCGCCAUUAGGACCCGUCUGCAGCAAGCCACUGAAGAAGAAAGUUCAGAGCCGGAGAACGGAUGUACGGGAGGACCAAGCAAUACAACGACUCGAGCGGGAUCCGGAUCCGGCAGUUCUGGCGAUGACGCAGCCUCAGAACCGGCCGAGCCAGACUCGGAACCGGACGAGGCGGCGCCGCGCGGGGCUAGUGGGCUGGCGCACCUCGCACUAGCUCUAGACGCCUUAGACGCCCUCGCCAACGCAGCCACGGCCCCGCCAGUACCGCCACACCCCCCACCGGAGCCCUAGCCCUCCGCCCCCGCCCUCGACGGCGGCGACAACGUGCUCAACCUGAGUUCACGUCCAACAUAACUGUUUGAACAUGAACCUUGACAACGGUAUUUGAAUUUAUUUUCUACAAAAACCUGCCAAACGUGUUACAAAGUAUUCAGUACUUUUACUUGGACGUUGGCAACGUGACAAUGCAUUAUUAUUAAUUGGCGUUUCAUAUUAGGAAUGUUAUCAAAAUUAUCGCGGGCGCGGAGUAGUGAAACAAUGGAGGUAAAACCCGGAGACUUAAAAGCGUUUGACGUCGUAUUAACUGUUGGAAAAAUGUAGCGACUAGAUGCGCCUGUUACAAGUCGUAUAUUUUUCACUAGCUUGAUAUAAACAGUUUUAUAGCUCUCCAUUUGCUUACGUCUCUGUGCUCGCCAAACGAAGAUCUCGCGCAGUUUUAACAAAAAAUUGCUCUUAAUAAUUGUUGUAAAAUUGAAUUAAAAGAUCUGUAUAUCUCACAGACAAUUAUUAUCAAGUUGAUAUACACAAUAGAAGCAAGCAAACAGUGUGUAUUUCUGGAAUACGUUGCAUAGACUGUCCUAUAAAUAUAAUAUUAUUGUUUAAAAUGAAAAACAUUGACAUCUCAUGAAAGUGCAAAUGAUGUGAGAAAAUUAUAAUGUUUCGGUUGUUUAUAAUAUUAUAUGUAAGUUUAAUGUAUAUAAAUAGAUUUGUGAUCGUUGCGUUUCAAUAAGUAUAUGAAUAUAAUUAUUAUUUAGUUAGGAAUUGAAAAUGAUACACUGACAUUUUUAUGAUAAUGUUCAUUUUAUUUCGUGUAAGGAAUUUUGUAUAAAACAUCUAUGGUUACAUUCCAAACGGUAUCAUCACAACAUUAAUUGUGCGUAGUAUAUGGUAACACAAUUAUUAUAUUUAGUCUGUGGCAGUCUCUUGUCUCAUAUAGUAAUGUCAUACAGCCUGCCACAGAUUAAAAAAAAAAUCACUGCACUCGCUAAAAAGGAAACUUUAUGCUUCGAUCGAGUGCAAUACAAUUUGUAAUUAAAAUUCGAAAUAUGAAAUCGACGUGCACAAGUCAUAUUCGGCAUUAACUUGAUGUACUUUGAGUGCAUAAUGCUGUAAUACGAUUUUUGUGUGAAAAAAUAACAGCCUUAUUUUUAAAUUAAGCGGUGAUAUCAUAGCUCUCGUCUGCUAAUUCCUGUCUAUGAUGUUAUCGCUUAAAAUAUGCGAAAGAGUAAAUUAUUUCGAGAAUUUACUGUGUAAUGGUGUUCGAUCAUAGAAUUCAAAUAUCUCUAUUUCUGCGAGUGCAGUGUAAUAUUUAUAAAGCAGUUGAAAAGUGUUUGAGAAUUUUCUCGAUUAGUACUGAUCAAUAUCGGAAUAUUCUUAAUGUCACUUUACUGAUACAUAAUUAUGUCAUUGAUAAAGAAUUUACAUUGUUAAUAUUAAAUGUGUUUAUAUCACAGCCAACUUUGUUAAUUAGCUAUUCAAAUAACGGAUUGAUUUACUGAAUUUCUUAUUCAAGUCUUUUCAUAGUCAAGGGAUUGCAAACCGAAUUGCUACCAAAAUGGUAGGUUAGUUGAAAUUGUAAUCGCCAUCACAAAUACUUACAUAGGCUAGGCCGUUAAUUCCAUGUAUUAUUAAGCAAAUUGGCUGUGAUAUUUGCAUUAGUUAAUCUGAAGGAUGUGUACAAACUGAUUUUUUUUAUCGAAACUAAAACAUGACUGCUUCAUCUUUUUAAGUAUUAGUGCUUCUCUAGAACAUUGACGAUGUUCUAAAGAACUACUAGCGCAAAUGCUUUUAUUUAUUUAAUUUGUAAGCUAACUAGCUAAACGCGGCUGCUACUAGAGCAAGGACUGUAGUGUUCCUAGUUUUUACACAAAUCUAAAUUAGAUGGUUCUUUUUAAAUUAGGAAUCUUACGGCCAACGUUCUUUUUUAUAAAUUUUUGUAUUGUGAUUAUUCGACUUUUAAAAUGUAAGUCGAUAAAUCGUUAGUAUUUCUAAAAUUGCUGCUUUUUAUUAGAGUUAGGUACAUACUGACAUAUUCAGUUUCCAUAAUAUUUCAUAGUUAAUAUGCUCAUGUAGUGUAAUUUCAUCAUUGUACGUUGUAUGUAUCAUCUUUUAUUUCACUACACAUCCAGCUGUGCAGAACCAGUAUAAUAUGACCGUGUAAUUUACGAACAGAUGAUUUAUAGCGAGACCAAGACAAACUGGUUUUGUAUAGCAUAUAAUAUUAAGCUAUGAAUAGCAGAGCUCUAGCUUCCAACUGAUGUGCAUUUGUAACUAAGUGUUUGUAUCUGUGUGCAUGAAUGUCGCGAAAUCGAUAUAAUUGUAUGUCAAAAUUAUUAUUAUGUACAUUUAGGCUGUGAGCAUUUUGUUAAUUUAUCUUAAAUAUCGUAUCGUAAUCUAAUUAGUCAAAAGUAAAUACCCCACCCUGCUUAGUGUCUAUGUGUGGAAAUGCUAAUCGACAUAGAACAAAAUGAAUCACCCGUCCAGGCGCGUACUUUUAUUUCAUUGGCAAGUAUAUUGUGAUAGCUUCGUUUAUCUAUGAAAGAUUUUAUCCAAAUCCUAUAUUUAUGGAAAAUCUUUUAAGAAACCUUGUCAACUUACUCAAUAUUUUAACAGCUAUUCGUGUUUUUUUUAAAUAUAACUCUUAAUUGUACUCGCGUAGGUGACAACACAGGAUCACGUACACUGCCCAAUUCAAUAAGAUUAAAAGUAUUUAGUAAUAGCUGAUAUUAUCUCAGGUAGUAAUUAUGGUCGUAUGAUUGUAUAUAACGGCGUUUACCUGACAAAGUUUACGAAAGAACCUGUCCAUUUUUUAUCUUUAUAGUGAACACUAGCCAACCUAUUUACGCUAUAGUUCAUCACAAAUCUACUUGUCGUUUUAGUAUGUGGAAAAUAAAUGUUGUACGUAAUUCACAAUGUAUCGUAACGUCUUAUUAUCUAUAGUUAAUUGUAAUCUCUCGAAUUUCAAUAUUUCUACACGCGUACCACCUUUGUAGCUGUGUAAAUAUAGUUGCAUGUGGAUCUCGCUAUCGAAGGAAAGCAAUAAAUUCGAAUUAACACUGUACUGUGUCAUUUAAAAGUAUAUUAUGUCAUUUCUUUUAGAAUUUUAGUUCGAUUCGUGUACCUAAUUGUUGUAGAUUUUCAUAUCGUAUGGUGUCGAGUAGAUGUGAAUAGUGGACACUGCUGGUAGCGUGUCGGUCGUGUGCGGAGACAGUCACGGGACAGUUGGAGGGGUGAAAGUAAUGUGGUGCUAUCUUUGGAUGUUUGGAGUGACUGGAACAUAAGACAAAACGUGUAUUUAAGUUUGUCCUGUUUUUAGAGCUUAUUAAUAUAUACAACCUAAUAUAACUAUGCUGUAAUUAUCUUUAUUAAUUUUAAGAUUAUAAUUUGUUUUGUAAUAAAAUGUGGCAUAAGAUGAUCGCAACCGUUUUGUGGUCACAUUGUACCCCAUUUCGUUUCACGGCUUUGAAUUUGUGUAUUAUAUUAAAAUGUGUUACUGGAACUAGAGUUUCGGUCGAAUAUAACUGUGUUACUGAAUACAAUUUGUGAAAAUUAAUGAAAAUACUGUAAAUCGGACUGGAAAGCCAAAGUAAACAGUAUUUUAUAAUUAUGGUUUUUUAUUUUGGUAACUGCUCUGUGUAGUCCCUUCCCCGUAAUUCCCCCCUAAACGACUGACUCAAUAAAUGUACACAGAAGUGUACAUAGUGUGCUUAUAUUGCCAAAUCACAUCCAGUUAUGAGUCACAUAAAUCAAGGGGUGAGCCUAUUGUCUUC